CUUCGUAUUUUGAAUCCGCAACUUUAUGUGGAUACUACCAAUUUCUGGACAAUACAUCCACGCAAUCAAAUAAUCCCAAUUGUUCAGUUUCCCAAAUAAUUUUUUGUUUCUGAAUAUUUUAUUUUUAUUUGUUCUAAAAAUCCCUUUUAGGCCACCGUUUAGGAAUUCCAUACAGCAAGACAGAAGAAAAACAGCCACCACGCAGGCACAUCUCGUGUUCCAGAGUUCCAACAUAUAAUCACCAGCAACACUUGUAUCAUCAUUUUGUUAAUGACAUUUUUGGCCUGUGUAAGCACCAAUCAUUCAAGAAUCUUCGAACCAGCUUGCUUUCAUAUCUGAUUCCAAGAGGGUGACCAAAAAACUUCCAAAGUGUUUGAGCUGGCUCACUAUCAAUGAAUAAAUGUUUUAUAGUCUCUGUCUGUGAUAUAUUGCAGCAUAAGCAAGUGAGAGUCCUGUAAAAGAGAUAGUUAAAUGUGGGACAUCGUGUGUUUUAAUUUUAAAACAAUCACUCUGUAUCCUGAAGAAGGCGAUCAGUUUGAUUGGUGUAAAAGAGAAAAUAGACAGCGCUAAUGUUCCAUAAAAUGGAGAGCGUUACCAAUGUCAUGGAGUAUGAGAUCCUAGCAAAGGAGAGACUACCCAAAAUGAUAUACGAUUAUUAUGCCUCUGGUGCAGAGGACCAGUGGACACUCCAAGAGAAUCGAAAUGCUUUCUCUAGGAUUUUGUUUAGGCCCCGUAUUCUUGUAGAUGUAAGCAAAAUUGAUACAACCACAAGUGUCUUGGGAUUUAAGAUUUCAAUGCCCAUCAUGGUUGCGCCGACUGGAAUGCAGAAAAUGGCUCAUCCCGAAGGAGAAUAUGCAACAGCACGAGCAACAUCAGCUGCUGGCACCAUCAUGACAUUAUCCACAGUGGGUACUUCCAGUAUAGAAGAGGUUGCUUCAACCGGGCCAGGCAUUCGCUUUUUCCAGCUCUAUGUGUAUAAAGACAGGAAUGUUGUUCUGCAACUUGUGAAAAGAGCGGAAAGGGCUGGUUUUAAGGCAAUUGCUCUUACUGUGGAUACGCCAAGACUUGGCCGUAGGGAAGCUGAUAUUAAGAACAGGUUUGUUUUGCCAUCUCACCUGUCACUGAAGAACUUUGAAGGACUGGAUCUUGGAAAGAUAGAUAAGACUGAUGACUCUGGACUUGCUUCAUAUGUUGCCGGGCAAGUUGAUCAGUCUCUAAGCUGGAAGGAUGUGAAAUGGCUUCAGACAAUAACACACUUGCCAAUCCUACUUAAGGGUGUAUUAACUGCAGAAGAUGCAAGGCUAGCUGUAGAAUCUGGAGCAGCUGGAAUUAUUGUGUCUAACCAUGGUGCUCGACAACUUGAUUAUGCUCCUGCAACAGUUAUGGCCUUGGAAGAGGUCGUGAAAGCAGUCCACGGAAGAAUACCUGUUUUUCUUGACGGUGGAAUUCGCCGUGGGACAGAUGUCUUUAAAGCACUUGCUCUGGGAGCAUCUGGUGUAUUUAUUGGAAGACCAGUUGUGUUUUCGUUGGCUGUUGAUGGGGAGGCAGGCGUUAGGAAAGUACUUGAGAUGCUUCAUGAUGAGUUUGAACUGACAAUGGCCUUAAGUGGUUGUCGCUCAAUCAAGGAAAUUAGUCGUAGUCAUAUCACGACUCCUUGGGAUUCCCCUCGCGUCACACCCCGGUUAUAACCUGAUUUCUCAACUUCUAUCAUAUCCAUACUUAUUCAACAGUAAAUGUUGCCCCUUAUAAGAAUGAUGGCAUCACUUCUUCGAUGCAACUUGAAAUUGCCUUGGAGCCAAAUAUUUGGUUCAGAUUACAGCAUCAAGAGUCUCUAUUAGGCAAUUCAAUUUAAAAUGUAUCUGCCAAAAUGCAAAGAGAGGGAUGUGGUUUCUCUGCUUUUGCAUAGUGGCCUCCAGUGGCGGAGCUAGGAUUUUCAAUAAUGGAGUUUAAAAUCUUCUUCUAGACACAUGUACUGUACCGAAGGGGGUUCAACAUUUAGUAUUUAUAUAUAAAAAAUCAUUUUUAC